GUUUGCGAAAAUAAAGCAACCGGAUUUUUCGUAGUCGAUAAUACAAUUCUUGGCACAGCUGACUCUAUUGUCUACAAAGAUACACCAGAAGAAGAUUGCCUUACCACCUGUUCCACAAACAGAGAUCGUUUUGGACGUUCAAUAUUGUGCGCCUCGUUUGUGUAUGAUCAUGCCUCGUUCACAUGUACGAUCUUCAAAGAGAAGGCGAAACCAGAAGGAAAGGCCGACGUUGUUCAAGCUGUCGGCAAACGCUACUUUGAGAAAGUUUGCUUAGGAGACGAUGUUCCAAUGGAAUGCGCUGAUUCGCAGUUCAUUCGAGCUGAUGAUUCUGUUCUGAUCGGAUUUGCUCGGAACGUUACACUUGUGGAAACAAUGGAACAAUGUGUGGAACAAUGCGUGAAAGAGAGCGAUUGCAAGGUAGAGCGUAUUCCUUUUCCAAUCGCAUUUCACUCUCGAUCCGUUAUGAUCCAUCAACAUUUCCUUGUUCGCGUUUGUCAUCUUAUCGUCUGUAGACAAAUUGAGAGAGAGAAUCGGUAG